AAGGCUGUGACGAAGAAGGGUCCUUCCGCGGUCCUUCUUUCCAGCUUGCGCCAACGGUACUAAAUCGACCAGACGCUCUCUAAACAGGAAAAUAAAAGGGACAACCUCACCGACGAGGUCGCAAGACUAAGCAGCCCUUGGGAGCUAUGAUGGUCGGCAGGACGAGCGCCAUCGCGGCGGGGGUUUGCGGAGCUCUCUUCGUAGGAUAUUGCAUUUAUUUCGACCGGAAGAGACGCAGCGACCCCAACUUCAAGAACAGACUGCGAGAACGGAGAAGGAAGCAGAAGGUGGCUAAAGAGCGCGCUGGAAUGGCCAAGCUUCCUGACCUCAAAGACUCAGAAGCGGUGCAAAAGUUUUUCCUGGAGGAAAUCCAGCUCGGGGAGGAGCUUCUGGCCCAAGGUGAUUACGAGAAGGGCGUGGACCACCUGACCAACGCCAUAGCUGUCUGCGGGCAACCUCAGCAGCUGCUGCAGGUCCUUCAGCAGACGCUACCGCCGCCUGUCUUCCAGAUGCUGCUCACUAAGCUGCCCACUAUUAGCCAGCGCAUCGUGAGCGCACAGAAUCUGAGCGAGGACGACAUCGAAUGAAAAGCACGGAACGGCUGUCUCCUUCCAUCAUCGCAGCACCCGAUUGGUCAAUCGGUUGCUCGCUCAGUCCGGAACCACCUGGAAGCUCACGCGACUAUUUAUUGUUCUGUCUUUUGUGUUCUUCUCAUAGACUUUUUACUAAAUGUUGUUAGCCCGCACAGAAAAACAUAAAAGUGGGAACAAC